AUGGCUGCUACUGAAGUACUUCGUGGUCGAUCAUUUUCGGAUGCUCUUUAUGAACGUUAUUGUGAUUUUGAUUCAACAUUUAAUGAUCUUAAAAAUGGUUGCGAUAUCGUUUUUUUUGUUGGUUCAUCGCCAAAAAAGACAGAAUCCGGUCUUGUUCUUAAUGCAUCUACUGUUGUUUUAACUGAUGAACAGAUAUCUCAUGUUGGUGAUCCUAAUGCAGUAGCAAUAUCAUGUUCACAAGUUGAACUUGUUGAUAUAUCAUCAAAUGCAUUUUCUGAUUGGCAUGAAAUAUCCUUAUUACUUUCAUCAUUACCUCAUGUCAAAACAAUCAAUUUAAGUUUCAAUCCAUUUCCAAUCGGUUUUCAUAUAUUACCGAUUGAAUUACAAUGGCCUAAUCUUAAUACUUUAUGUCUUAAUGGAAGUCAUAUUGAACUUGACAUGAUCGUUGAAUUACUUAAAAAAACACCAAACUUGGAAGAACUUCAAAUAUGUUCAAAUAAUUAUACAACAAUCUCAUCUAAUUAUAAUUUUCAACAUAAAAAUCUCAAACGAGUUUAUAUAUCAAAUAAUAAUAUAUCAGAUUGGCAAUCUAUAUGUCGUCUAGGUCAUUUAUUUCCACGUUUACAGACAUUAAUAGCUAGUGAUAAUCCAUUACUAAGUUUUCGUUCGGAUGAUGAUGUUAAUAUUUGUUUACCAUAUUUACAUACACUCAGUGUUGAUCACGUACAAAUAUCUGAAUGGGAUGAUAUUGUUGCAUUAACAAAAUUACCUUGUUUACAUGCUUUAAGAAUUCAUAUAGCACCACUUCUUAAACCUUAUCAUAAAGAUGAAAGAUUUUUUCUAUUACUUGGUUAUAUGAAAAAUAUAACUAAAUUAAAUGGAAGUGAUAUAACUGCCAAUGAUAGAGAAACAAGUGAACGACGAUAUAUUCGUUAUUAUUCUCAACAAGAUAAUAAACCACAACGAUAUUUUGAAUUAAUUGAAAAACAUGGUAAUCUUAAACCAUUAGUUGAUAUUAAAAUUUGUGCACCGUAUCUAAAAAAUGUUCGUCUAAUUUAUAAUCAAAUAACAUAUGAUAAAGAAAUUGAUGAUCGACAAACAGUUCAACGAUUUAAAAAAUAUCUUCAUGAACUUUUUCAAAUACCACUAACACGUUUACGAGUUUUUUAUGUUGAUGAUUUUGCUUUUAAUGCGGGUGUUGGUUGGCCUGAUGAACUCAAAUAUCCACAAAGAUCAUUGCAUACAUAUAAUAUUCAUAAUGGUGAUCAAUUUCAUAUUGAUCUUAAACCAGAUCCACCGAAACCUCAACAUUCAACACGACCAGUUGAUACGACACGUCUUCGUAAAAAAUCUACGAAUAAUAAUCGAACCAAUUCAUCAACAUCAUCUGAUGAUAGUAAAAUAACAUCAUCAAUUGAAGAGUCACCAUUUACAUUUGAUUCUUUACAAAAAUUAGCUCAACAAAAUGAUGCAAAUAAUACUCAGUUCUCAAUUGAACUUGAUGGUAUCUAUCCGUCCACUGAUAAAAAUAUUCAUAUGAAUAAGAAUGAUGAGGACGAUGAUGAUCUAUUAUUAGCUGCUGCUGCUGCUUGUACGAAUAUAAAAAACGAAGUGAAAUGA